GUGCUUCACAGUUUAAUCAACAUUAUUCUGUCAAUUUGAGAUGUGAAACUGUAAUAUUAGCCAGCACUAAUAGUUUCAUUCUAUUUGAUGUGUGUUUGGUAGGGAUAAAUCUUGGUCGAUUUACUCCCUACCAUAACAUUUAUUAUCUGUGUACAAGGAAGUGGAUCGUCUUUGUUUAUGAUUUCUGGGAAGGACUGACAUAAACAGAGAACUUCCAGUUUGUAAAUUAGUCGUUCAAAGUCUUUUCACAAAAUAUAGAAUGAAGCUUUUACUACUUCUUGUUGCCAUUUUUGUGGGCAGCCAAGCUGUUUCCUUUGUUGACCUGGUUCAAGAAGAAUGGACAGCUUUCAAGGCAACUCACCAAAAGACUUAUAACAGUGCUACAGAAGAAAAAUUCCGAUUAAAAAUUUUCAUGGAGAAUUCACACAAAAUUGCCAAGCAUAAUAAACUCUACGCCAUGGGACUUGUUGACUAUAAACUUGGUUUGAACAAAUAUGCUGAUAUGCUCCACCACGAAUUCGUCCAAGUAGUAAAUGGUUUCAAUAAAACUAAAAAUUUAUUAAGGGGACAAGAUAUGGAAGAUUCCAUCACUUUCAUACCUCCAGCUAAUGUAAAAUUACCGGAUAGUAUUGAUUGGAGAGAACUAGGAGCAGUAACCAAUGUUAAGGAUCAAGGCCAAUGUGGAUCUUGUUGGAGUUUCAGUGCUACCGGAUCUCUUGAAGGGCAACAUUUUAGAAAUACUGGUAAAUUGGUAUCUUUAUCUGAACAAAACUUGGUAGAUUGUUCAGGAAAAUAUGGCAACAAUGGUUGUAACGGUGGACUUAUGGACAAUGCUUUCCGUUAUAUUAAAGCCAAUAGAGGUAUUGAUACUGAAGCUUCAUACCCAUACAAGGCUGAAGAUGAGAAAUGCCACUACCAACCCAAAUUUGUAGGUGCCACAGAUAAGGGUUAUGUUGAUAUUCCAUCAGGUGAUGAGGAAUCUCUAAAAGCAGCUGUAGCAACAGUAGGUCCUAUUUCUGUUGCCAUUGACGCCAGUCGCGACACUUUCCAUUUAUACAGAGAUGGUGUUUAUUCUGAUCCUGACUGUAGCUCAGAAAUGUUAGAUCAUGGUGUACUUGUUGUUGGUUAUGGAACUACUAAAAGUGGAAUCGAUUACUGGAUUGUAAAGAACUCGUGGGGUCCAUCUUGGGGAUUAGAUGGUUACAUCAAAAUGGCAAGGAAUAAGAAUAAUGCUUGUGGUAUUGCUACACAAGCAAGUUACCCUGUUGUAUAAUUAUUUAUAUAAGAAAAAUCUCUUCUACUCUCUAUUUUUUUGUAAACUUUUUCUUUAUGAAAAUGUCUAUUUUUUGAUAUUAUCUCUCCAUAUACUUCAUUUAUUACAUUCUCUAUGAAUAGAUUUAACCCUCUACUGCAUGAAUUUGAGAAAAAUGAAAAAAAUAUUUGAUUGUUGUUUAGGUUUUAUUUGGGGACAAAAUUUACUACAAAAAUGGAAAAGAUUUACUUACAUAAAUUGAGAAAAAAAGGUCGUAUAUGGGUUCGUAUGCGCCCAAACAAAUUUUAAAUAAAAAAAGUUCAGACAUAUAUGGGUUCCUAUGAAGAAUAACAUACAAAAUAAAAAUAAUUAUAAUCAUGAAAUGCCGAUAAACAGUUUCGUUUGUCGUUGUGAUAUGAGAAAACCAUGCAUUUUCUACACUGACUUUAAACAAAAGACAACAGAAAAUAUUUUCAUAUUGUCAACAUAACAAUUGAAAAGUCUACUACCAUACACCAUAUAGUUAUUGCUUGUACAAUAUAACGUAAAAAAAUAUUAAAACUAGUUGACUAUAUAUGGAUUUAUAUGCGGUAGAGGAUUAAGUUAAUAUAAAUUUUUAUAUAUUUUACUUUUGUGAUGUAUUUUAAGAUAAUAUGAAUAGUAGUAGUAUUUUGUAGUUGUUUAAUCUUAAGACCGGCUGUGCCACUUUGUAGUUGAAAAUAAACUUUUCAUUUUUA